UGGACAGAGGAAGAAGAAGAAAGAGGUACGUGACGAUACCUAUCUCCACUGCGAUUGAAUUCUUGUGUUUCGGUUCUGCCCCAAAUCACCUACCGUUCAACUGGGUAUUCCAAUUUGAUAGCGAUCUGCAGUGGCAAAUCGAAUCCCGCGACAAAGCUUGCAAUUUUAUCUUCGACGAAACAGUUUUUCUGGUUGAGGAUCAACGCCGCGAAAUGUUCAAGAACACUUUCCAAUCCGGGUUCUUAUCCAUAUUGUACAGCCUCGGGAGCAAGCCCUUACAGAUUUGGGAUAAAGAAGUUGUUAAUGGUCACGUAAAACGACUGCAAGAUGAAGACAUUCAGUCGAAUGUCCUCGAGAUUGUCGGCUCGAAUGUUCAAUCCGCAUACAUCACGUGCCCUCCGGAUCCGGCUGCAACGCUUGGUAUUAAACUGCCAUUCUUGGUUGUGAUUGUGAAGAAUCUGAAGAAGUACUUUACCUUUGAGAUUCAAGUGCUGGACGACAAGAACGUGAGGCGGCGCUUCCGUGCUUCUAAUUUUCAAGCUGUGACUCGAGUAAAGCCGUAUAUUUGCACAAUGCCAUUGAAGAUGGAUGAAGGAUGGAAUCAGAUCCAGUUGAAUCUCGCUGACCUCACCAGAAGAGCAUAUGGAACCAACUAUGUCGAGACAUUGAGAGUGCAGGUACAUGCAAACUGCCGUAUCCGGAGAAUCUAUUUCUCGGACCGCCUUUACUCUGAAGAGGAACUUCCGCCGGAAUUCAAACUCUAUCUUCCCAUGCAGAAAAGUUAAGGAACUUUGGCAGAAAGGUUCCAGAUCAAUCACUCGCGACACUAGCGAGACUCUUCAAAUCAUGUCAACCCAUUGGCGCCUAUAUCUUGAAGAUAAUUUAGGGUACUCCUACCAGACUCUCUGGCCUGUGCUCUUGAAUCUUGUAGUUUUCCUCAGGCAUCAUGCCACUUUGUGUUUAGUCCGAAUUGAGGCCUGUUAUUGUUGAUAUAGGAAAGACCUAUUGCUAUAAUCGUCUCUUGGACUUUAAAUAUGCUGCUACGAUAGGUUGAAGAGGACCCCAGGGAUGGGUUUUGCUCUGCUAAUUUCUUUAAACUGAGAACUCUUUGAUUA